CCUUGAUCUACUAGGACGAUGUUGGCUGUACGCUCGCUGGUGUUGCGCGCGUCUCCGGCCGCUUUGGCUACCCGUAAGCAGGCGGUUCGCGCCUUCAGCGGAAACUGGGAGUACCCUAAAGUAGAGGGCAGCGUGGCUGACAUCACCAAGGCGCUGACAACCAUCGGCGCACGACUGUCCAUCCCCACUGCUCCGCUAUACUUCACGCACCUGAAGAUCGACCACAUUGUGCGUGAGAUGAACGGCAAGGACGAGCUGCAGCAGGUGUACAAGACUUUGCUACUGUGCGACGCCAAGAUGGCCUACCCGUCCACCUUCGCGACCGGAAGCUUCUUCUCGGCUUGUAUCAAACUAGACGCUGCCGACACGGCGCUUGAAUUCCUGCGCCAGGCCGAGAAUGUGCGUCACUACGUUAAGAACCAAAGCUUCGUUCGUCUGGCCGAAUACUUUGCCAAGCAGGAAGACCAGGAGGCUGUGGACGAGAUCGUAAAGAUCAUGGCGGCCAAGCGUGUGCCCUUAUCCUACAAGAUGUACUCGUUCCGUGUGCUUAACGCCAAGAAGCAGGGCAAGUGGGACGAGGCUGUGGCUCUCGCUAAGGAAGCGGCAAACGAGCUCCAAAUCAACUCCCACCUCAUCAUUGAGCUGCUCCAGGACCAGAACGGAGGCAUCCUACAGGAGCAUAUUCCGCUGGCCAAGUACCUCGCGGACAAGGGCGACGUGUACGUGAAUGCACGACUUGCCGAUAUAUUAGCAGGAGGAGACGGCAAACUUCCGGAGCCAAAGACGGAGGAGCCGGAGCAAACCGACGAGGCCAAGAGCGAGGAGACAACGGAGGAGAAAACCGAGGACAAGUAG